AUCUUCAAAACAAUGGCCUCCUCACUAGCUUUGUGGCGGGAAAUUUCUUGGUUGCAUGAAGAAAGAUUGUCAUCUUCUUUGAGAAGCAUCAUUGAUUACUUCAAUCUAUUGGCUGCCUUUAUCUUGUUUGUGGUUUUGCUUGUGACAAGGAGAAGUAGCUUUAGAGAGAGGAGAAGAGAUUGGUUUAGCAUAGCAAUUUUAGGGUGUUGUGCUCUUGUGAGCAUAGGAUACUAUGGUGCUGCCUUAAGCGAAGAAUCGAGUCGUUUAGUAUGGCUUGGAAGGGGGCUUGUAUGGACCACCUUAGCCGUGUCUGUGAUAGUUCGGAGUUCGAGAUUGAUUGCUGUAGUGAAAUCUGUUUGGUGGAUUGUGUUUUUUCUCUUGAUUUCAGCAUUCAAUAUUGUGGAAUUAGUGAAAUUUCAUGACAUAGAGAUUCUUGAAAUAGCACCUUGGCUUGCAAAUUUGUUGCUUUUGUUGUGUGGUUUGAGGAAUCUUCAGGGGAUUGUGUCUCAUCAAGUGUUGGAUUUGGACAGUAGCUUCUCUGAGUCUCUGCUGGUGAGAACCUCAGGAAAGGGUUGUUUCGAUUUAGAAGAAGCGUCGUUGUUAAGUAUAUUGUUGUUUUCUUGGAUCAAUCCUCUGCUUAAGUUAGGUAGCUCCAAAGCUCUAAAUCUUGAUGAUAUCCCUUCUCUUGGAUCUGAGGAUGAAGCCCUUUUGGCAUACAAGAGUUUUGGCGACGCGUGGAGUGCGCUUGAGGAGGAAAAGGGAGCCAAAAACUUGACAUUUUGGGCAAUUGCAAGAGUGUAUUGGAAAUGUAUGGUGGUGGCUGGGAUGUGUUUACUUCUUAGAACAGUUUGUGUUGUGGCAACUCCUUUGUUUCUUUAUGCUUUUGUCAACUAUUCGAAUCUUGAGGAGAAGGAUCUCGAGAAGGGUGUUUUCUUGGUGGGAUUGUUGGUUGUUUUGAAGGUUGUGGAGUCGCUGUCUAACCGGCAGUUUUACUUCUAUUCGAGACGAAUAGGGAUGAGGAUGAGGUCGGCUUUAAUGGUGGCUGUCUAUCAGAAGCAGCUUAAGCUCUCUACAUUAGGGAGGCAGAGGCAUUCGACGGGUGAGAUAGUUAAUUACAUCUCGGUUGAUGCUUAUCGUAUGGGCGAAUCCGUGAUGUGGUUCCACGUCGGGUGGGCUUCAACCGUGCAGCUGUUCCUAGCCAUUGGUGUUAUCUCCUCUGUCGUAGGCCUAGGUGUGGUCCCGGGGUUAGUCCCUUUCGCGUUCUGUGGGCUAAUGAACGUCCCGUUUGCAAGGCUACUGCAGAAGUUUCAGACAGAGUUCAUGGCUGCUCAGGACAAGCGAUUGAGGUCGUUUUCGGAGAUUCUCAACAACAUGAAGAUCAUCAAGCUGCAGUCGUGGGAAACGAAUUUCAAGACGUUGGUUGAAUCUUUUAGGCAGAGUGAGUUCAAAUGGCUGUCUGACACUCAGUAUAUGAAGACAUAUGGGACAGUUUUGUAUUGGAUGUCUCCAACGAUUGUGUCGUCCGCCAUUUUCUUCGGGUGCGUGAUUUUCAAGAGCGCGCUGCUGGACGCUGGCACUGUGUUCACGGUCAUGGCUGCGCUUAGGACCAUGUCUGAGCCGGUCAGGUUCAUACCGGAAGCUCUGUCUUGUUUGAUUCAGGUCAAGGUUUCGUUUGAACGGAUCAACGCGUUUCUGUUGGAAGACGAACUCAAACAAGACGAUGUGCAAAGAUGUGGAGGAGAUUUGGACCAUGUAAUUAGUAUACUAGGUGGUUGCUUUAGUUGGGAAGCAGAAGCAACUUCUUUGACACUAGAGGAUAUAACUGUUGAAGCGAGACGGGGGGAGAAGAUCGCGGUCUGUGGGCCCGUUGGCGCGGGGAAAUCGUCACUUUUGUAUGCUGUUCUUGGUGAAAUACCCAAGAUAUCUGGAAAUGUGAGUGUUCUUGGAUCAGUGGCGUACGUUUCGCAAGGUUCUUGGAUUCAGAGUGGGACUAUUCGCGACAAUAUACUCUUUGGGAAGGCGAUGGACAAGGCCAGAUACGAAGAGGCCGUUAGAGCGUGUGCUUUGGACAAAGAUAUCGAAAAUUUCGACUUUGGUGAUCUCACUGAGAUAGGCCAGAGAGGGCUGAAUCUGAGCGGAGGGCAGAAGCAGCGGGUUCAGCUUGCUCGAGCUGUGUACAAUGACGCGGAUAUAUAUCUCCUCGACGACCCUUUUAGCGCAGUAGAUGCACAUACAGCAGCAGCCCUUUUCAAUGACUGUGUGAUGACUGCACUAGCAAAGAAGACAGUGAUUCUUGUGACUCAUCAAGUGGAGUUUCUCAAUACCGUGGACAAAAUUCUGGUUGUUGAAGGAGGAAAAGUCACUCAAUCGGGAAGCUACGGGGAACUUCUGGUCGGAGGGACGACCUUUGAACAGCUCGUGUCUGCUCACACAAACAGCAUAGGAUCAUUUGAUGAGACAUAUGGUUCGAAUCAGCACGAGCAUCGCGUAGAGCCUGCAAAUCAAAUAGAGGAGGCUGUCGAUAAGGAGGAACGAGACGGGGGGAUUGUGAUGAAUCCGAAAACUCAGCUGACAGAGGAGGAAGAGAUAGGAGUUGGGGAUGUAGGGUGGAAGGCCUUCUCGCAUUACUUUCUUAUAUCUAAGGGACUCUUCGUCGCGUGCUGCGCUCUCGUAGCUCAUUGUGGCUUCGUGGCUCUCCAAGGCACAGCGAGCUUUUGGCUUGCGUUUUCAAUCCAAAAUACGGAGAAAAGUAGCGUCUAUGUCGUUGGAAUCUACACUCUUAUAUCCUUGCUCAGUGCCGUCUUUGUGUAUUUCAGGGCAUUCUUUGCAGUUCUGUUAGGACUCAAAGCUUCGAAAUCCUUUUUCUCCGGCUUCACCAACUCCAUCUUCAAUGCUCCGAUGCUCUUCUUCGAUUCCACCCCAGUGGGGAGGAUUCUAACGCGUGCGUCGUCUGAUCUCAGCGUCCUCGACUUUGACAUACCUAUGGCGUUCCAGUUCGUUCUGGCAGCCUCGGUUGAGAUUGUUUCGACAAUAGGCAUUAUGGCCUAUGUAACAUGGCAAGUUCUCAUUGUGGGCUUAUUUGCUAUUGUGUCUUCAAAAUACAUCCAAGGAUACUACCAAAAAUCCGCGGGCGAGCUGAUGAGAGUCAACGGAACCACAAAAGCCCCGGUUAUGAACUACGCAUCAGAGACAGCUCUAGGAGUUGCAACCAUACGAGCAUUUGGAGUUUCGGACAAGUUCUUCUCGAACUACCUUAAACUUGUCGAUAGGGAUGCUAAGGUGUUCCUGUCCUCAAACGCGGCCUUGGAGUGGCUCGUUUUGAGAACUGAAGCACUUCAGAAUCUUACGUUGUUCACUUCUGCUAUCUUUCUAGUGAUUUUUCCGAAUAGCUACAUUGCUCCGGGUCUCGUAGGGCUGUCGCUUUCCUAUGCUUUCGCGCUUACUGGAGCGCAGGUGUUUCUGUCGAGAUGGUAUAGUAGUUUGGCUAACUACAUCGUCUCUGUGGAGAGGAUCAAACAGUACAUGAACAUACCGCCCGAGCCUCCAGCUGUCAUACCAGAUAACAGACCUCCAGCUUCAUGGCCUCAAAAGGGUAGAAUCGAGCUGGUCGAAUUGAAGAUACGCUAUCGGCCUAAUGCUCCAGUAGUCCUCAAGGGGAUCACCUGCACUUUCGAAGAAGGGAAGCGAGUGGGGGUCGUGGGAAGGACCGGGAGCGGGAAAACCACUCUGAUCAGCGCAUUGUUUCGCCUUGUUGAGCCUCAUGGUGGGAGGAUACUCGUGGAUGGGCUCGAUAUUUGCUCUAUAGGCCUUAGAGAUUUGAGGCUAAAGCUCAGCAUUAUCCCUCAAGAGCCAACUCUGUUUAGAGGAAGUGUUAGAACAAAUCUUGAUCCAUUAGGCCUUUACUCUGAUGAUGAGAUUUGGAAGGCCCUUGAAAAAUGCCAACUUAAGUCAACAAUCAGUGAACUUCCAAACUUACUAGAAUCUUCUGUGAGUGAUGAAGGGGAGAAUUGGAGCAUGGGGCAGAGGCAACUCUUCUGCCUAGGAAGAGUGCUUUUGAAGAGGAACAAGAUCUUGGUUCUAGACGAGGCGACCGCCUCUAUUGACUCGAACACAGAUGCCAUUUUGCAGAGGAUCAUCAGGGAGGAGUUCUCCGACUGUACAGUGAUAACUGUGGCGCAUCGCGUUCCAACUGUGAUUGAUAGUGACAUGGUGCUGGUCUUGUCUUAUGGGAAGUUGGUGGAGUAUGAUGAACCUUCAAGGCUUAUGGAGAUUAAUUCCUCAUUUUCAAAGCUUGUGGCUGAGUAUUGGUCUACUUGUAAGAAGAAUCACUAGUGCAUUUUGUUUGUGCGAGAGAGAAGUAAUUUUAUUUGUAAUUGCUUGCAUUUUUUUUUCAAUUUUUUUUUCUUCAUGGGAGCUAAUAUGUCUCAAAGUAAGUUCAUAAAUUUCAAUUUUUUCACACACUAAA